AUGGAUGAAACUGCUUUGUCCCUUGGAACAAUAGAUGUUUCCUAUUUGUCCACCUCAGCAGAGUGUAGUAUCAGUAGAUGUAAGCAUUCCAGUGAAGAAUGGGGAGAGUGUAACUCUAGGCCCACUCUCUUCCGAUCCGCCACUUUAAAAUGGAAAGAGACUCUGUUGAGCAGAAAAAGGCCGUUUGUGGGACGGUGUUGCUAUGUAUGCACUCCCCAGAGCCGGGAUAACUUCUUCAACGCUAGUAUUCCUUCUUUGGGUCUACGUAAUGUCAUAUAUAUCAAUGAAACACAUACGAGGUACAGAGGGUGGCUUGCAAGACGCUUUUGUUAUGUCCUUUUUGUGCAAGAGAGGGAUGUUCAUAAGGGUAUGUUUGCCAAGAAUCUGACAGAAAAUGUGCUGAAUAACAGCAGAGUCCAGAAGGCCAUUGUAGAUGAAGCUUCUGAACCAAGUGCUCCGGGUAGUUUUGCUCAAACGGAUCCUAAAGCUAUCAACAAAGUGAAGAAAAAAGCUAGGAAAAUUCUCCAGGAAAUGGUAGCAAAUGUGUCACCUGCUUUAAUCAGGUUGACUGGCUGGGUGUUACUGAAGUUGUUUAACAGCUUUUUCUGGAAUAUUCAGAUCCACAGAGGUCAAAUAGAAAUGGUCAAAGCAGCAACAGAGAUGAAUUUGCCUCUUAUCUUCUUGCCUGUUCACAAAUCCCACAUUGACUACCUGCUCCUUACAUUCAUUCUCUUCUGCCAUAACAUCAAAGCACCCUACAUUGCUGCAGGGAACAAUCUCAACAUACCCAUCUUCAGCACGUUGAUCCGCAAGCUAGGAGGAUUUUUCAUUCGUCGAAAGUUAGAUCAGAGUCCUGAUGGUCGUAAGGACUUCCUCUACAGAGCUUUGCUCUAUGUGCACAUAGAAGAAUUGUUGAGACAGCAGCAGUUUUUAGAAAUAUUCUUGGAAGGCACACGGUCUCGAAGUGGAAAGACAUCUGGAGCUAGAGCAGGUCUUUUAUCUGUGGUGGUGGAUGCUCUCUUCUCAAAUGCAACUCCUGACGUCCUAAUUAUACCUGUGGGAAUCUCCUAUGAUCGCAUAAUUGAAGGUCACUACAACAGUGAACAGCUGGGCAAGCCUAAGAAGAAUGAAAGUCUUUGGAGUAUAGCUAGAGGAGUCUUCAGAAUGCUGCGGAAGAAUUACGGAUGUGUCAGGGUAGAUUUUGCACAACCGUUUUCCUUAAAAGAAUAUGUAAACAGCCAAAGCCAAAAACCUGUGCCUGCUCCUCUUUCUUUGGAACAAGCUUUGCUACCAGCUAUACUUCCGUCGAGACCUAAUGAUACUGUGGAUGAAGGUACAGAGGCCUCACUGCCCAACUCCAGGGAUAUCACCAGUGAACCCUUCAGAAGAGAGCUGAUAGCCAACUUGGCUGAGCAUAUUUUGUUCACUGCUAACAAGUCCUGUGCUGUGAUGUCUACCCAUAUUGUUGCUUGCUUGCUGCUGUACAGACACAGGCAGGGAACUGAUCUUUCCAGGUUGGUAGAAGAUUUCUUCUCCAUGAAGGAGGAGGUCUUAGCCCGUGACUUUGACUUGGGAUUUUCAGGAAACUCAGAUGAUGUUGUCAUGCAUGCCAUCCACUUGUUGGGGAACUGUGUAAAUAUCACAAACACUAGCCGAAACAAUGAGUUCUUCAUCACUCCCAGCACAACAAUACCUGCUGUCUUUGAACUCAACUUCUACAGCAAUGGAGUACUUCAUGUAUUCAUUAAAGAGGCCAUUAUUGCCUGCAGUCUUCAUGCAGUUCAGAGUAGGAGGUCCAGAAAUGGUACCAGUGGUGCUUCUCCCAGUUUGAUUAGUCAAGAACACCUGGUCCGAAAAGCUGCCAGCUUGUGUUACUUGCUUUCUAAUGAAUUUACUGUAUCUUUGCCUUGCCAGGUGAUAUAUCAAGUUUGCCAUGAAUCUGUGGAAAGGCUGAUACAAUAUGGCAUUCUUCUGGUGGCUGAGCAGGAUGAUCAGGAGGAUGUUAGCCCCAGUCUUACAGAACAGCAGUGGGAUAAAAAACUCCCUGAGCCAUUAUCUUGGAGAAGUGAUGAGGAAGAUGAAGACAGUGAUUUUGGAGAAGAGCAGAGAGAUUGCUACCUGAAGGUGAGCCAGUCUCAAGAGCAUCAGCAGUACAUCACUUUCCUGCAGAGGUUAUUGGGACCUUUACUGGAGGCAUACAGCUCUGCUGUCAUCUUCGUGCACAAUUUUAGUGGUCCUGUUUCGGAGUCUGAAUACCUUCAAAAGUUACACAGGCACUUAAUAAGCAGGACGGAGAAGAAUGUUGCUGUAUAUGCUGAGAGCGCUACCUACAGUCAUGUGAAAAAUGCAGUGAAAGUCUUUAAGGAAAUUGGGGUUUUCAAUCAGACAAAACAAAGAAGAGACACCAUUUUGGAACUAAGCACUACGUUCCUACCUCAGCGCAACAGGCAAAAACUACUGGAAUUCAUCAUGAGCUUCAUGGUAUUAUAGACCACAUAUAGCACCUUUGUUCAGGGGCAUGAAGACAGGUUUUGAGACUGUGUCAAAGCCUGGGGACAUUUGCUAAUCCUACCAAGUGUAAGGUGCCACUGUCUGGGUAAGGCCUUCUCUGACUUGAACUACUGGAAGACAAGUGCCUUCUUAUGUAUGCAUUUAUGGGUUUCUUACAGUCCCAAUCCUGUUGUAAUACAGCGGUACUCAGAUGACACUUUGGAUACAAGUAAUUAAACAUGUUGCAAAAAAUAAGAUAAAUGAUUAGAAUUAGAUUUAAAAUGAAGAGUGAAGUUUUAUCAGUGUUACAUUUUAAAUAAAGUUUUAAAGACUGUAACAGAUGCACAAAUACACAUAUUGGUGAUCUGUAGCUAACCCUGAGAUCUUGAGUUUAGUGGCAACACAGCUUAUGGCAUAAACAAGUAACUUUCAUUCCAAUUCAGUUUUUUUGUUUUAAAUAAAUGGUUUAAAAGUUUUGCUUAGGCAGGAUAUAUAUUUCAUGGAUAAAGCCAUAGUUUUUCAUAAACGUUAACAUAAAUGCCAAAAUUCUAAUAACAGUUACAGACAUCUGAGAAUAAUGGUCAUGUAGCAGAUGGUUGUGAAAAAUGUUGUCAGCAGACACACCUUGCACUAUUAGAGCUGUGUAGUGCAGUGGUAAGUUGCACUAAUCACUGCUGUCAUGAAGAAUGUGAGAGUAGCGUUCUUGUUUUUAUUAUGGCAUCUGUCAUUCAGCCAGAUGAAAGUCAGGAGACAGUUGCCUGAAUGUGAGUAUCUUGUAAAAUCUUAGAUUAUUAUUUAAUUGAAAAAA